GCAGUUCCCGAUACUUCACGAUCAGAAACGGCAAAACCCAAAUGUCUGACAAAUUCCAAAGAAUAUCGUAAUACUUAUUGCAGUUUUAUGGUAAUUGUUUUCAUUUUACAGUUAGAAAAACUUGUAGAUGAUCCAUACUAGAAAGGGUCCGUUUUAAUUGCAACAUUCAAGUCAACACUCGCGAUUAUGAGCAUACCGCGCGUUCCUUCCGUGCCAAACAACGGAGAAGAUGGUGUGGAGAUAUUCGGAGCAUACCACAGCAUUCACCCAUUAAAAAUCAGCUGCCCCACGCCACCGCGAUCAUUGUCGACAUUUCUGCAAGGAAUUCUGCCGUGCGUAUCCUGGAUUUGUGGAUAUAAAUUAUCCUUUCUCCAUCGGGAUUGUGUGGCCGGAUUCACGUGCGCUCUGGUAUCCCUGCCCGUAAGCCUUGCGGCGGCUAGUAUCUCCAGGGUUCCUUUGCAGUAUGCUCUGUAUACGUUUGUGGGAUGUUUUGUGCAAGUGCUGUUUGGCACAACGAAGGGCGUUUGUCUGGGAUUCAGCGCGGUGUUGGCCAUUUUGGUUGCUCAAGAAGUCCGAGUAUUUCCGCCGGAGUAUGCUGCGGAUGUUGCAGUUCUGCUGACACUGUACAACGGAGUGGUGCUUUUCACAAUCGGAAUCGCUCGACUCGGAUUUUUGGUGGAUUUCAUUUCGGUGCCCGUAGCUCAAGCGUUCCUUUCAGCAACGGUGAUUGUCAUUGUCAUGCAACAGCUUCAUGGUUUAUUUGGUUUGACCGUUAAUGCCACGGACUUUCCGAAUAUGGUUUAUGAAUUCAUUGUGAAAAUCCAGGAGACCAAUCACUGGGAUCUAUUAAUUGGCCUCCUGACCUUGACGAUCAUUUUGGCAUUGUUCUUCAUAAAACCGGCCUCGGAGUUUGUGCGGCGGAAGUGGUAUGACAAGUUCGCAUUCCGAGUUUUGGAAGUUGCUUAUUUUGGUAGAUUCCUUAUUGCUGUUUCCUUUGCUGCUUUAAUCCAAGCGGCUCUGAUCAGCCAGCACUGUCAUGUCAUAACCGUUCCACCCAGAGUCAAUCCCGGUUCUAUUCCAAUACGCCCUCCCCGAUUUACGUUCGGUAAUUAUAGCGCAGUGGACAUUGUCCAUUCAUUCGGACCCAGCUUACUGGCCAUCCCGCUGAUCAGUAUUGUCCAGCUCUGUGCAGUCAUUAAAAGUCUUUCGCACGUAACUCGCCAUGGUGUGCACGCUCCCGAGUUUCGCGCGGUCGGAUUGGCCAAUUUAAUCGGAUCCUUCUUUUCCAGUCUUCCGUUGACCGCCAGCGCUACGCAGACUGAAUUAAAUAAUCAGGUCAAAGGAAAAACACCGGCUUCAGGGUUGAUUUCAGGAACCGUUGGCGUGUUAGCGGCAAUUUACGGUGUUGGGUUACUGCAUUUCAUCCCGAUUGCCUCGGUGAGCGCCGUUAUUAUUUGUGCUGUUGUGCCAACAUUCGACUGCGCUGUAAUCGAUAAUAUGUGGCGCAUCCACAAAAUCGACUUAUUUCCUUAUUUCGUCACAUUCUUUUGCUGCAUAUUUAUGGGAUUCGAGUACGGUGUAUUGGUUGGCAUGUUUAUUUCGGUGUGCAUGCUAUUGUUCCCGGUGGCGCGUCCUACGGUGUCCGUUUAUCGAUGUGAAAAUGAACUGGUCAUCACGCCAUAUGGAAGUGUUACUUUUCCGGCAAUGCGUUAUGUUCGUCAACUGAUACUGGAUCAUAUUUGUGAAAAGCAGGAAGGAGGAAAGAUUAUUGUGGAUGGCAGCCACUGGACGGACUUAGAUUAUACGGUGGCGGUACACAUGAAAGAUUUAGCCAAGGAGACGGAAAGUAUGGGAUGGACGAUGUGCUUUACGGAAUUGAACGACAUUGUUUCGGGGAUAAUGGAAGCCCCAUCGCCUUUGGUUUCGUGGCCUUCCAUAUCAGAGGAACCGGCUUAGAUUUCUGCCUUAAUUUAUUGUUUCUUUCUUUGCAGUAUUAAAGUUCAGGGAAGUUUAUUUACCUGCUACUAAAUUUAUGGCACUUACUAUUUAUUGUCACAAAUUUAUUGCUCAUAUUUACUACGAUAAGCUCAAGAUUGAUAGAUUUUCCUGUAAUUGCAUUGGGGAUACUGUUCUUCUUGAAUGAAUCUCGAUAUUUAUUUACCGGUAUUUAAUUCUAUUGGUGAUCUAAAUUAAGACUGCAAAAUUUGUGCGGUUUAUGUACCUUUUAUUGUGGUGGUAAAGUGUAAAUGCAGUCUGCAUAUGCUUCUCUGUACGUCAUUAUUAACGGGCAGAGAGUAAGAUCAACUACAGAGUAUUUGUAUCCGAUCGUUUUCAGGGUCAGAAACCGGUUUGGUGAUGACUUUACAUUUCGGCAUUAUAGCGACUGUGUACCAAAAUGAUCAAGAUCCUCAUUACAAAGCUGGCCCAAGAAUCCACACUAUACCUAUUGAAACCGCAUAUUUCU